AUGGCUCUACAGCAAGCACACAAUUCCAAUGACCAGGCAGAAGCAAGCAGCUACCCGACUGCUCCGCCAGCGGGGUGCUAUGUACCGGCGGUGACAUUUUUCGAUCCUGAGUCGGACCGACUAUGUCUCGACGCUCAAGCAAAGUACUACUCGUACCUGGCCAGCACGGGACUCACGGGACUUGUCGUCCUGGGGACCAACGCAGAGACGUUCCUGUUGACACGCGAGGAGCGGAUGACUCUCCUCCAGCUGGCGCGGCGAUCUGUUCCAAAGGGAUAUCCUAUCAUCGCCGGCACGAGCGGCCACUCGACGGCACAGGUGCUCGAGUUCAUCACAGACGCAUACAGCGCCGGCGCCAACUACGUGCUGGUUCUCCCCUGCGCGUACUUCGGCAAGCAGACCACGCCGGCGGUGGUCAAGAGAUUCUAUAAAGAGGUGGCCGCGAGCUCUCCCCUGCCCAUCCUCAUCUACAACUUCCCGGCGGUUUGCAACGGGCUGGACCUCGACGCCAACAUCAUCACGGAUAUCGCACGGGAGUCACGCAACAUUGUCGGUGUGAAACUGACUUGUGGCUCCGUGGCAAAGAUCACCUGUCUCGCUUCUAGAUUUCCCGCCACCCGUUUCGCAGUCUUUGGGGGACAGUCAGACUUCCUGGUCGGGGGACUCGCUUCGGGGAGCGCAGGCUGUAUAGGAUCAUUCUGCAAUGUCUUCCCCAAAGUGGUGGCCAAGAUCUACGAGUUAUGGUCCAGUGGACAGUACGGCGAGGCUCUCGCACUGCAGAAGUUGGUUGCAUCUGCCGAGACAGCCACCAAGGCAGGCAUCGCCAACACGAAAUACGCGGCUGCCAUCUUCACUGCUCCCAAGGCGGGCAUCGCGGAUGCUGUGCGUUUGCUCAAGCCUCGGAGGCCGUACGAAGAACCGACCGACGCUGUCAAACGGUCGAUCCAGACGGUGAUGGAGGCUUUGAAUCGAGAAGAGAAGGACAUUUCGGUGAAACCUCAGUCUCGUCUAUAA